GCAUCCGCGAUGGCCUCGUCGGACGUCCGAUGGAGGCGGCGCUGGACGAAUUCCGCUUGGGAAGUUGCUAAUCAGUGGUUAUUCCGAGCUAUUGACAGGCCACGACUCGCAUGUCGCACAUCAAGACAUUUCCACUUUCAAGUAUCAACGGUGAGCCAGAACAGUCCGUUGUCAAAGGAAAAGAAAAUGUGCGAUCGGCAAACCCCCGAUACAGAUGCGGAGUUAUGUCAUCGACCUUGCCCUUUUGGGAAAGAAAGAUCAAGGCAAGCAAAAUAUAUGCUGGAGCAUAGUACAGAGUAUAUAUAUAUAUAUAUGCAUCUUGAAUGAUUCUGUUGAAAAGGGUAGGCUGCAUGGAGGACUCCGUCUGUGAAAGCUCAGGUCAAGUUUUCCCUGCGUGAUGCUUAUAUGUACUUCCAAUGAAAGACACCUUGAAUCGUCUGCUAUUUUGUACAUAGAGUCCAGGAUAUCCUUAUUGAGUAUUGCUGGGUGAUGGAAAAUCCUCCAACAAUCAUGUCUCCAGGAUGAUGCCGAC